CAACCUAGCGACGGAUAUCUGCUGCCAUCGGCUUGCUGCUACCGUCAAAAGGAUCGGAAGACGGGAGAACUGUGGCUGAAAAUAAGACGAAAGGUCGUAGAUAGUACUUAGGACUUUUCACUUCACAUGCUGUUAUUCUUUCGUUUGAAUGAGUUCUGCUAGUAAACAAAAUAUAUUCGGAUCUUAGAAAGGUGAUAUUAAUAUUGAUCAGCUCUGUAAGUCACGAAGUUGAUAAACCAAAAGUUGAUAAACCAGUUUGGUUUGGGUGUGAUUGCAUGUCGGCUCUGGUGGUGGUUGGCUCGCGGAGAGAGUGACAAUUAACUUGCUUGGUCAAAUUCAGAGAUCACUGCACUGCAGACAUGGCUAAAGUGACUAUACACAUGGAUAAUAAGGAUGUGUAUCAGGGAACUGAAGAUGAGGCUUAUGAUUCUAUUCGUGCUAUAAAUACAACAAAAAAAGAUGUUAUUCUAGGCCAUGAGAUUGGAGCUGGUGCACCUUGUGUGAAAUGUGGGGAUGCUUGCCCUGGUCUUGAUCUCCAUUUUUGGAGAAAGAUUUGUAGAAAUUGCAAAUGCGGCCCAGCAGAUCACAAAAUAGCUGAUCCUACUAACUUUGAAACAGUACGCAAAAUCGGAAGGUUAUUUGACGAUGACCGUGCCGCCCGAUACAACCAAAAGAAGGUUACAAUUGCAACUCAACCCUCAGUGACUAGCCCGAAUGUUGAUGCCACAGUGGAAAAUGGUGACAAACCCACAAACACUACCUUUGAUUGGAUACCCCAGGGUGCUACUGAAAAUAUUGUUUCAAGAUAUAUGGAGAUGAUUCCGAAGGAGGCUCAACCAAUCUCUGGAACUCACGGUGCUCAUAUUCGUAACAAACAGCUCCACGAGCAACUCCCAUCACAUGACCAAGCCCCAGAGUUUUGCGACAACCUCACUCAGGUCGAAGCAGACAAACUGAAGAACUUUGUACAAGAGUACAAGGACAAUGCCCUAGGUGUAGGCCAGAUCCAGGAAGUACGUCCAAAUGAAGCGCCGGUUCUAGUGCAACAGAUGACCGAUCUCAUGAUUGAACCGCCACCACCGGCCGAGGAGCAAGGCUUGUCGACGGAACACCCAGGAGCACCUGAUAAAGUGGAAGGACCAAGCACCCAGGUGAACCAGUUAGCCCAGAAGCAUCCUAUAGGUGAUAAUGGUACCAAUGAAUGUGUCUCUCCUGCACCAGGUGAACAAGUCACAGCUGAAGGUGAUGCUGACGUGAUAGAGCCAGGCUCCCCUGCUCCAAAAUGGCCGGAAAAUUUUCAAGAAACUGGUUAUGCAUGUUCUAAGUGUGGGGGCAGUAUGAGGGGAGGAGAUGUUGCCGUGUUUGCAGAGAGAGCUGGAACUAACAAGUGUUGGCAUCCUGCUUGCUUCAGAUGUCAUACGUGUAGUGAACUUCUGGUGGAUCUGAUUUACUUCUGGAAAGAUGAAAAUGUAUUCUGUGGACGUCACUACGCUGAUCAGAUCAGGCCACGCUGUGCUGCUUGUGAUGAGCUGAUUUUCGCCAAGGAAUACACACAAGCAGAAGACCAGAACUGGCACUUGAAGCAUUUCUGUUGCUGGGAGUGUGACACGCCCCUUGGUGGCAAACGCUACGUUGCUAGGGAUUCACAUCCUUAUUGUCUUGAUUGUUACCAAAACACAUUUGCUAAGACUUGUAGCUCUUGUAGUAAGAAGAUCCAAGCAGAUGGUCAGCGUUUGAGCCACGGUGACAGCCACUGGCACGCCACCAAUGAGUGUUUCAAGUGCAGCGGAUGCCAGCAGUCACUCAUCGGUAAACAGUUCCUACCAAAGUCGGGCUACAUCUUCUGCUCUGUCACAUGCAAAAAAAAAGUUCUUCCAUAAAUUUAAAUUUUAAAUCUACAUAAGAGAUGUAUUCAGUCUGCGGAUAUUUAUGCAAGCAGCUGACCCCUUUGAUGAACUUGCUAAAUAUUUGUAUAUAAUAUACAGUAAGUGAAACUGAUAUGUUAAAGAUAUAUUACACUAUUUACACUGUAUAUUAAUAAAUAUAUCUAUAAGAUG